UAUCAAGAAAACCAUCGUUCCCGCCAGAGGACCGGUGUUUGUAUUAUGUGUGUUGCACGAUAUUUCUCUUUAAUUACGUUACAUUUAAGUACAACACUUAUACUCGAUAAUUUUGUACCUUUGUAACGUUUUACUUGUUAGAAAAAGAUGUCCGAAGAAGAAACUACAACAGCGGAUAUGUGGACUCCGUAUAAAGAGCUACAGAGUCUCGUAGAACGAUAUAUUACAUCUUCUCCAACCAGUCAUGAUCUUCAAUACCAUGAAUUUACAGAAGCUUUACGAAAUCAUAGGCAGAAUUUUCUUACUCUCUUAAAGAACCCUCCUCAAAACACAAAUAGUCGAGAAGAAAUAAAGAAAGGAGCAACUGAUGGCAUUACACUUCCUGACUUGGGACAUAAGUUAUUAUCAAAAGAGCUGGUGGAUGAAACUCUGAUUAUAUCUGAUAUGUAUAAUCUUAAUGAAUUCAUGGCAUUGGAUCUUUUAUGCACGGCGCAGUUACAAAUGCCUUAUCAUCCUGGUUUACCUCGUGGAUUAACAGCAAUUUUAUUAUAUUAUGAUGGAAAGAAAGCUCUUACAUCGACUCUAAGGAUGCUUGUGCAAGCUAGAAUGGGUCAUAGUUGGAAAAUUGAUGCACCCAUCGCCCUUUUGAGGCACAUCACGGAAUAUACGGAUAAAUUAGAGGAAGACGAUUUGUUGGAAGGAAUUUUAUCUUUACUGAAACUAAUGGAUCCCGCAAAGGAACAAGAAUUGCUAGAAAAAAAUCGAGCAUUAGGAGGACCAAAACAUCGCUACAUGGUGAUGAAACUUUACAACGAUUCUAGACAAGACUUAGCUGAUAUUUUGUAUUUAUGGUCUGCACAGUCCUCAUUGCCCAAUGAAAUUUUGCUUGGCUUGUUGUCGUUCUUACAAGCAAAAGCCAUAGAUUCUGAAGCAGGUGAAGACGGGCUAAAUAAAGUUACUCUCGCCCUUAUAAUGAGCGUGUUAAAUGCGAUCAACUUUAGUUCGUUACAUAGUCGCGAAAACGGCGAAGAAUUGAUAAAUUCAAUGCCGUUAAUCACAGAUAGCGGCGCGCGUGAAGAAUUAAUUGAGAAAUUAUUAUCAACAAAUAUCACUUGGGAAAGCGCUGGACUGCGAGGGCUAAUACAAUUUGCGUUUGCAGUUGCCUUAACAACAAUUAAAACCAUAAUCAAUUCGCAGCCGAUAAACAUUACGAACGAAGACGAAAGACUGCUAGAAGCAGCUUUAUCCAACAAAUGUUUCCACUUUAUGGCUGAAGUAUUAUUCAAGAACAAGAGUAUAUAUUACGAAGAAUUUUAUAUUCGUUACUUUCACACUCUUAUAUCUGAUUUUAUAUUGCUGAUGCCUUUGAAAGUGAAAGAUUUACGAAGUCGAGCGGAUGAAUCCAUGCGCUUGAUACAAGUCUAUCAACAAGAGGGUAUCGAGCCACCUUUAAAUUUGGAUAAUCAUUUUGAAUAUUUAUUGCUAACGGUGGCGGAGUUAUACAAAGAGGACCCUCUAAAAUUGGAUUUGUUAAUGGAUUAUUGGUGUCACCAUUCCGACUCUACACACGUAUCUGCGCCAAUAUAUAUGAAUCGUUUUCCAUCUAGACAAGUUGCGUUAUUUAAAUUUGUACGGCUCGCAGGUGAAAUAUUGCCAGCUGGCCUGUUCGUACCUUAUCUUAAAAUGAUAGCAUCUCUCGCCUCUUCUUCGCAAGCAGCUCGACAAGCGUUCAACUUUCUUAAACCAAAUGGGACUUCAGGAUCAACAACGAUUUCAUGGGAUCACUUUUUCAAGUCGUUGAGCCAGUAUUAUAUUAACCUUCGAAAAGAAUUGCCUCCUAGUCAGGAUACCGUUUACCUAGUCAGGCAAAGAAAUCAUCCAAAGGGUAUCACUCCAGACGAAGUAAAAGGACUCGAAGCGGUACUUUUGGUAGUUCAAGUUGUUGCGAGGAACGAUGAAAUGUCAAGAAUAGCGAUAUGCGAUCAUCCAGGAUGGAAAGUGUUACCAUCUUUGAUCGGUUUGGUCAGUUGCAGUAUAUCGAUUCCAUUGAAAGGAGUGCUUAUAAGGACUCUAGCCGCGCUAGCAAGGUCUCCUGAAAGUUCAUCCACCGUGUGGCAAAGUUUAGAAGCCGCGCAAAUACUGUCAACGAUCCCGACCAUUAGUAGCUAUCAACCGAGAGGAGUUCAGACUGAGUUAGAAGAAAUUGAGUCGAAGAAAGACGAGUAUCCGUUAACGCGAGCAAUGUUAGAACUACUGGAUGUUCUGACCGAUUUCCCGAUACCACGACUGUUGGGAAUGGGCCAUCGUAAUCCCGGUUUCGAUCCAUAUUUACAUUUCAUCAUCAACACCAUUUUCCUCAAGUUUCAUACACGGUCGUACAAAAAUUUCGCAGAAAAGUGGGAGGUCGCAGAGGGUUGUUUAAAAAUUUUCUCAAAGCUCAUAAAUCAAUACGAGCCAACCGUCGAGGAUUUUACUGGAUGCAAGGUAGAACUUCAAAACGGAGAAACUACGGUGGUUAAUUCUGCUCCGGGAUACCACAUUAUGACUCAGUUGCAUUCGAAAUCGGAGCUUCUUCAUGUAAUAUUAUACAUCCUGGACAAAGGUUGCUCCAGUUUUGAUGCAUAUGAGUCGUUCCCAGGUAAGAAGAAUCUUGAAAACGGUACUUUGUACUGUUUGGAAAUAUUGGAAAGAGGAUUGAAAACGCAGCACAGCUAUAUGGCUCAGCUAACAGCUGCAAAAUCAGUACACAAACUCCUAACUGGGCUAUCCAGGUUGCUUUUAGAGGUGGAUCCACAGUCAAAGAAGCCCGACUACAUGAUAAACGUCGCGAAAUAUGUCUCGUACAGCUCGUGGCUGCCGCAACAUGCAUUUCAUGCAGUCGGCGUGAUUCUCGAGGUGACGAACGAGCCAGGAGCAGACUCUGAACUGCUCUCUACGUUCACAUCGACUCCCACUUUAGCCACCAACAUCAGACAUGGAUUUGUAGAAUGUUUGGAUACGGAUAUCACUCUAGAUGAAGACAUCGAGUCAAUCGAAAAACAAUACACUGGCAACUGUAAAGAAAGAAUCUUACUUUUGCUAAUGCAGAGUAUUACACGGCCAACGCCGAACCUCUCUCACUACCUGCUAGCAUUCGAUAUCACAAAAGACAUACGUAAAACAUUGUUCUGGCAACCAGGUUUCCUUGGGUUUCCACGAACGUGCUUACACUCGAUACUAGGAGUUUUAGAGCAGUCUCUUGAACGCGGUCGCGACAAGAUCACGGAAGCUUGUUACUGUUUCCUACAUACGCUGGCUGCAAAUAAUAAGACUUCCGUCUCGGUGCUGAGAUUUCUCCGUUCCGCCGCCAAUCUGGAUUUUGUACAAAGACACCUAUGCAAGUUACCUUUCGAAGGUCAGAAUACUGCGACGGACCUCGGUUGCACAUCAUGGCUGCUGAAACUAGCAGCGAUCGAGUUGCGAGUCGCCGGUGGAAGAUUACAAAGUUCUCUAGUUCAACGACUAAUGGGAAAUUUUGGCCAGGAGAAAGGACAAAUAGUUCCAUCACAAAAGCUUCUGAUGGAUCUAUUACACUAUAUUGAGUUUCAACUUCAACUGGAGCCACAGUUAUCCUUGGAUUUCUUUGAUCCGUCUCAGGUUGAGAUGGUACUAGGCCGCUGUAGCGUUCCGGUCGCCCUGAUUGGGGGUCCACGUCUUGUAGAUAUCAGAAAGUUACACUCCUUGAUCACGGAGGAGUUGGCUGUGACGCAGAACAGCGCAACCGCGACUCAACGCAACCUGAUGCAGCAGGAGGUGCAAAAGAUUUUGACUCACGCCUUGAAGAGGAACCAGACGAAGCUGUUGUCAUACGCGACCGUCAAGUUCGUGGAAGGCUGGUGUCAAACUACAGAAAUACUGUUUUGUGUCGCAACCAAUCAACAGCUACCCACACCACAGAAGCAAAAUCUGUUGUUGAAUCUGUCUCACGAUCUGUUGCAGAAAAUGACCUCUUGCGAAGCGCUCAGCGAAAUCAAGACCUUGGUGUCUGGCACGGUACUGAUGUUGCUGGUCAAUCUGAGGAAUAGUUUCAUCACAGAGACAGACAAUGAGUCGUUUCCGUCGUCGCCCUCGAACACGACCAUGAUGAAGAUCAUUCUAAGCCAUAUCUUGCAGUGGAUACUAAACGCGGGUGCCUCUUCGCAAAAAGUGAUCACGCAUCUGUAUGCAGCUCUUUUGAAUUUUCUGUGCGUUGUAGGCUUGGAGAAGUCGGAAAGCACCAAUAUUAUUGAUACAAUGUACGUUAGCCAAUUGGACAGCACGGUGAACAGGGUAAUGCCGGUACAAGAACGUUCCCAUCGAUACGCGACGAUACAAGUGAUAAAUAGUUUUGGGAACAAAUUAAUGGAUAUCUUGUGUCACAAUUGUUCUGGUGGUCACGACGUCUGUAAAAUGCUGGCGCUCUCUUGUCUGGACAAAAUCUUGGAGCUGGACUAUGACAACGCUUGGAUACUUUAUCUGACUAGUAGGGGAUACCUGAAGCACAUGAUAGACAGCCUCCUCGAAUCUGAUAACAUGUUAAGGUGUAUGCUACAGUCAGAACCACAAACGUUGCGACCGCUCUACCUCUACGAGGCAAAAAUGGCGACGUUCUGUAGAAUGGCUUCCACUAGGCUCGGUGCCGAAAGUCUUCUGGAAAACAAGAUCCUGUCGUGUAUGUCGAGCAUGGUCGUUUUCGAUCAUCAUCCCGAUGUUCACAUCGGGUUCGAAGGGGGAGACUACUCUUUCAUACCUUCAAUCGGUCAACGAUACCAGCAAAUCUUUCUACCGGCAUUAUAUCUUUGUGACGCUCUGCUCACCACCCUCGGAACGGAGAACCAAUCUUGUGCUAUACAAGUCUGCGGGUUCCUGCAAAGUCAUCGGGAUGCCAUCGAGAUGGUUCUACGAAACGCCUUUCCCAAAGCAAAUCCUCUAUUCUUGAAGGAGAUUGCGUGUCUCACCGGCGUAAUAUCCAGAUCCGCGAACAUUGACAUGUACCGAUUAGUCGACGAAGAAUUGGCCAAGUCGGACUUUGACGAUCGCAAAUUGGAAGAUACCACCGGCAUGAGAGAACUCCGCGCUCAUCUUUAUCGAUUGCAACGACUGAUGCUCUCCCUGUUGUGUAAAUUUCAGCUGCAACCAGCGCCCGUUCGCUUCAGUCACGAAGAAACCGAUGCGAACCAACAGCACAUGUCGUCUGUGCAGAUUGUCGCCAAUAUUAUGCUAUACACGCGCAAUCAAAUGCAACAUACCAGGAUGGAUCAGAAAAUACGUAACGUGCUGUUCGAACCGCAUCUGACUUCCAAACCAGGAGGUAGAGAUGAUAAGAUCAAAGACAACAUCACUGGUGGUGUACACCUGGGGACAAUCGUCGAUCAACUUGUUUCUGUCACCAAUUUGUUACACUCUGAACUACCGCAUAUCGACACUCUUGUGAGAAAGGUCGCCAUGGUAGGAGAAAUGAGUACUACGGAAUUGAAGGAAUAUAUGUCAGAAGAAGAAGAAACAGAACUCGCUAUGAAGAAGCAACGGGUGAUAGUCGAACAGCGAUUGAAUCGCUGGGUCAAAGAGAAGCGUCAGACCAUUAAAUACUGCUCCCUGAUCAUAGAACACGCUUUGUAUAUUCUCUGGAGUCACCUGGACUUUUACAUGAUUCAAGUGAUAUCUCGGCAUAGUCGAAUGCAAGUUUCAUCAGGAGGCAUAGACGAGGACAUGGUCGCGUGGAAAGGAUCGUCGGAGACGUUAAUGGAACUUAAACAAGGUCUCGUUUCUACUUUUACGGAUAGCUUUAUUACGCAACUGUUGGAUACACACAGCGAAUACGCAACGGUAGAUCACAACUUCGUCGAUGCGCUCGUCAGAAGGAUCAAAAGAUUAUUACAAUUUAUAUAAACUCGCUUUAUAUUUACAUAUAUAUAUAGUUAUUCAAAUGUACAAGAACAUAUUUUUUUAUACGUCUGUGUAUAUUUAUGAAUGCUAUCGAAAGUCAUGCGCGAACGAUAUUUAUUAGAAACAUGAAAUUGGACAGAUCAUAAUAUUUCAAAAUUGCUAAGAAGUAAUAACAGCCUCGUCCCAAGGACCAUAAAUGUUGUCUUUAUAUCUCUGACAUUGUACAUACCAGUAAGGACAUAUAAAAUGAAGGAAUGUUACAGAUAUCAUAAAAACAUAAGAGAUUGUUUGCGAAAUGAAUAAAAGAAAAUAUAAAGUACUGAAGGUCAA